AUGCCUUUCGUGGAACUGGAGACGAGCCUCCCGGCGGCGCAGCUGCCCCGCGAUCUGCCGGCCAAGCUGUGCGCCGCCGUGGCCACCAUCCUGGACAAGCCCCAGGAGGUGAGGGGGCGCUGCCGGCCACCCCGGGGGCGCAGGGAUCGGGAUCCCGGGUCCUGCCGGCCGGGCAGAAACUCACUGUCUUUUUCCCCCCCUCUGGGUCUCAGCGGGUGAACGUGACGGUGCGCAGCGACGCGGCGAUGGUGCUGUCCGGGUCUCCGGCUCCAUGCGCCCAGCUGGUCGUCUCCUCCAUCGGUGUGGUGGGCACGGCCGAGCAGAACAAGGGCCACAGCGCCCGCCUCUUCGACUUCCUCACCAAGGAGCUGGGCCUCGGCCCCGACAGGCGAGUCUGGGCCGAGGGAGGGAGGGAGGAUCGAGCCCCGGGUAGGCAAGGAGGCCUGGAAGGCGAGGCUGCUCCUGGCAAUCCCUCCAGAGCGCGCCCACUUCUCCUCCCUCCUCGCCGCCUUUCCUCUAUCGCGGGAGGAAGGUUAUAGCCGGCUAGAAGAAGCUGCUCCCAUCCCUGCCUGAGCACCUUUUGACACUCUGUGACUGCCUCCUCCAUAGGAGCAAACUCCUAGGGACCAGGGGUCUAUGGGUGUAGCUCCGGUGGGGGCAGUCUCCCCCCCCCCAUCAAGUAAAACAAUGGGAAUACUUAACUAAUGGAUCAAUCGUGUCGGUUCUGCUCCCCUAACAGAGUUCUCCCCUCCCCCCAAAAAAUAUCCUGGCUAUACCCAUGGAAUAGGUUUUGGCCCCCCCCAAUAAAAUAUUGGAGGGAACCAGGCAGAGGGCCUUCUCCGUAGUGGCACUCGCUCUGUGGAAUGUCCUCCCACCAGAUGUCAAAGACAACUACCAGACUUUUAGAAGACAUCUGAAGGCAGCCCUGUUUAGGGAAGCUUUUAAUGUUUGAUGCAUUACUGUAUUUUAAUAUUUUGCUGGAAGCCGUCCAGAGUGGCUGGGGAAGCCCAGCCAGAUGGGUGGUGUAUAAAUAAUAAAUUAUUAUUAUUAUUAUUACUAUUUAUUAGGGGGCUGCCCCCCCAAGUGGAUGGGCAUUGCCAUUCAAAUGGGGUGUGUGACCACACUAUGUGAUCAAUUAUGUUGGGCUUAACUGCCCCCCCCCUCGUAUUUUAUUCAAGUUGGCACCUGGGCAAAGGGUGCAGAGUACAAGGCAGGGAAAGGAUUGGAUGACACCUUCUGUGGCAGGGGCUGCCGCUGCCGUACACAACCUUGGGUGCCUUCCAUGACUUUCCUUAUCCUCUCCCACCCCCACAGGAUCAACAUCCGAUUUUACCCACUGGAACCAUGGCAGAUUGGCAAGAAUGGGACGGUCAUGACUUUCUUGUGAGUUGGCCAAAGACCCCCGAAGACCAGUGCCAACAUCCCCACCAGCACCUGGGACCCCUCUCUUGGGGGAAGGGGAGUUACUCAUUUUCUCUUCAGACCCACUUCUCAAAAAGGACGCAAGGGAAAGGUCUCUUGCUGUCCCACCACCCUUCAUUUUGCCUGAGCUCUCUCUGCCGCAGUGGGAGUUCUCUUUUACGUGUCUUGUUUUCUCGAAAAGCCAUUGAGUCGCAUCCCAUGAACAAUUAAAAAACACACGUGUUCCCUUCCAGUGCUUGUUUCUUGAAGAUGACACUCGGCCUUCUGUUCAGCCAUGACUGCAGGGAAUAUAAGGCUAAAGCCCCAGAGUUAUUAUCACGAGGGUCAGAAGGGUCGUAA